AUGCAAAUUUUCUUUUUAGAUGGCUACAAGAGAAUCACGAGCGAAUCUUCUGCGCCUCGGAAAAACCCAAACCGAAAGGAAUUGAGCCAACGAUGCUGCCAAUAUUCACUCAUUUAUCACGAUAUUGUACCGCAGAUCAUUGAUCUUUACUUUGAACACUUGGACUGGCCACGUAUUCAAAUGAUGCUCAAAAGCUUAUCAGGGCAACAAGAUAAAUGGAAGCGAGAGGAUGGGAAAAUUGUCUCACCUAUCAAGAACUUUCAUCUGAUUAGGCUUUUGCGAGAGCGCUUGUUCAGCAUCAACGACAAGAAUUAUCGCGCCAGAAAAGAAAUCAAAUCGGAGAAGAACGACGGGGAAUGGGAUGCAAAACCAACGCAAAUCGAUGCCAUUCGUCACUUGGUUGCCUAUGCUUACGAAUUGCGACAACUGUUUCCUUAUGCGAGUACACAAUACGAAACUUUUUAUGAGACGUUGUACGAAUAUAACCAACUUUUUUCAAAAUGCAUCAAGUUACGCGAAUUGACUGUGGAAAGCGUAAACGAUUGUUUGGAGCUGUUAAGGACAUUGAUCAAACUCGAAUUCAUCGCACUUCACCCAAACGAAACGGUCUCUGCAACGAUUAUCGAAAAUGUUCUCAAUCGUUUUGGAUGGAUGCCGGCUGUGAAUACAUGGAUGGCUCUACAGUCCGGAUUUUAUGCUUCUAAUGGGAUCGUGCCCUUACUUACCUAUGUCACUCGCGGAAUUGAUCAAAAUCCGCAAAAGGCCACCGAUCUUCAAUAUGUUCUCCACAAGGCGCAAAACUUUCUCCCGGCCAGUCGAGUUCACACCAUCUAUGCGGCAAUCUUGGUCUCUCUACGAAAGUACACCGAGGCGAUCGACUACACAAACAAGCACAAAACUGACAUGGAUUCGCCACACAUUGUCCUCGCUUUCCGCUUGAUAAACAAUUUGAGAGCAACCAAGAAAUUAAAUAAUGAGUUCGUUUAUAAGUUUUCCGAAAUCAUGCUUGAACAUUCUCGUCUGAAAGAAGACCCGGAGCAAUGCCUCGAAUUACAAAAAGAUUUCCUUAAGCUUUGUGAAACAAAGAAACUUGGGCGUUUUGCUCUGCAACUUUUUGAGCUCUUCGAUAAGAUGGGAAUUCAAAUUGACUCCGAGCACCAGGAUAAAAUCAUGAAAGUCGCAAAUCGACAGGCUGAAUUAGAGAAGAUAUGGCUCUUCAAGCCGAACGGUUUAUUGUCGCUGUCAGAAGAGGACGAAAUCGUAAAAAGCUCGGAUUUCUGGAAGCGAUUCGACAAGUAUUCCAACAGAGAAACAUCUCCUCCUUCAACA